AUGAAGACAAUAUGGGAAUGUGUUAAACAUUUCGGAUAUCUCUUCUAUAUUGUAGAUCCAAAAGAGGCUUCAUAUGAAAACGUGGAUUCAGUGCCCGAUUAUAUAACACAAGUCAUCCCAUAUUUUGUGACUCUUAUACUUAUUGAACAAAUUAUAACUUUCGUUAAAAGCUAUCGUCUCAUCCGAAUCAAUGAUGCAAUUGCUUCGCUCUCACAGGGAAUUCUCAUGGAAUUGUCAAAAGCAUUAUUCAAAGGCUUAGCCUUAAUGUCUUACAUUUAUAUUUAUCGAAAUUGGAGGAUAUGUUCACUGAAUUGGCAGAACACAAGCACAUGGAUUAUAGCCUUUAUUGCUGUUGAUUUUGGCUUUUAUUGGAUUCACCGGUUCACUCAUGAAAUAAACGUGUUAUGGGCCGCACAUCAGGUUCAUCAUAGCUCUCAAGAGUAUAACCUGACCACAGCUUUAAGACAAUCGGUUCUCCACCUACUCUUCCAAUAUAUGUUCUAUAUGCCACUGGCAGUGGUCAUACCCCCGACCACUUUCCUCGUUCACAAUCAGUUCAAUGUUCUCUACCAGUUCUGGAUUCACACACAACUCAUCCAAACAAUAGGUCCCUUAGAGUACAUAUUGAAUACUCCGAGUCAUCAUCGCGUACAUCACGGACGAAACAAGUACUGUAUUGACAAAAAUUAUGGAGGAGUUCUCAUUAUAUGGGACCGACUUUUUGGCACUUUUCAAAUGGAAAGGCAUUACAUUUCUUAUGGCUUAACCAAGAACAUCAAUACUUUUAAUCCAUUCACUAUUCAAAUGCAUCAUUAUUUUACUAUUUUUCAUAAGUUUAACAAAGUUAGAGGUUUUCGAAACAAAAUCAACUGUUUGUUUGCCGGUCCGGCCUGGGAUGUGGACGCACCCAAUGACACCGAUUUUCAUGAUUAUGAAACACCUAAUGAAUCGGGCUAUUAUUUGCUCGCUUUUUAUUUGCCUUUCAUUGACUUCAUUUGGUUUUAUAAUGGAUUGCAAGAAAUGGUCCAAAUAUUUUGA